GAUGAUGAUGAUGAUAUGGAAGAAAAAAAAAUAGGGAAAAUCACUGGAAGAGAAAAAGAAAGGAUGGAAAAAAGGAAAAGGCAGUGUAUAGAUUAGGCAGUCACUGCCCACCAUCCAUCGAAGAUAAAGCAAUGUCGUAAAACAAAAGUUUCAAACAUUUCUUUUAUUCUUUGCUGUUACCAAAACAGAGAAGGAAGAACAACAGAACAGAGCAAAUCAAACAAAAAAAAGAAAAGAAGAAGAAGUAGCUAUGGCUCUUAGAAUGUGGGCUUCUUCUACUGCUAAUGCACUCAAACUCUCUUCUUCAUCUAAAACCCAUCUCUCUCCUUCAUUCUCUCUCUCCAGAUGCUUCUCUACUGUUUUGGAUGGGCUGAAGUAUGCUUCGUCACAUGAGUGGGUGAAGCAUGAAGGCUCUGUUGCUACCGUUGGCAUCACUGACCAUGCUCAGGAUCAUCUGGGAGAAGUGGUGUUUGUGGAUCUGCCAGAAUCAGGCAGUUCAGUUUCUCAAGGUAAGAGCUUUGGAGCAGUGGAGAGUGUGAAAGCAACUAGUGAUAUCAACUCCCCAAUCUCUGGUGAGAUUGUUGAAGUUAACCCGCAGCUUAAGGAAACUCCUGGUUUGAUCAAUUCAAGUCCAUAUGAAGGGGGAUGGAUGAUAAAAGUGAAGCCAAGCAAUCCAGGUGAAUUAGAUUCUUUGCUUGGUCCAAAGGAAUAUACAAAGUUUUGUGAGGAAGAAGAUGCAGCCCACUAAAGCUGAACAAACAAAUGUUUCAUCUCCAAACAGAGCUUAAGCUAAUUUCUUUUCAAAGCUGCUUGAAUUGUUGACAUAUCACAAGCUAUUUCUAUGAAGAAAGAGAGCCAAAAUAAUAAUUACAAGUCCAUUGUGAGUUGAAAUGUGCCUAAGCAUCUGAACUACAUUCUUUCUUCAAUGUUUAUUCCACUUGAAAUUAAUUGAAUUUCUAUGCCUUAUUUUUAGCCGUUAA